AUGUGGUCUUCCACUCUCUUCCUCCUGGGCGCAAUCGCCCCAGGUGUCCUGUCCUUACCCAGUUCGGGAAAUAGUUCCUCUUCUUCGUCUUCGUCUUCGUCCUCCUCUGUCCCCAUCCACUGGCUCGGCGAAACCCCAUCGUACGCCUCCGGCUCAACCUUUGGCCUCCCCUGGCCCCAGGGAAAGCACUUUUACAACAGCACCGCCUUUAGCAUCUCCAGCGCUUCCGGCGGCGACGCCAUCGCCCUCGACUCCUGGGUCACAGGCUACUGGCGCGACGGGUCGAUCAAGUGGACUGGCCACGCGAUCCCGCCGCUCGAGAGCGCUGCAGAGGGGUACACCGUGACUGCGAAGCGCGGCCGAUCGCAACCGGGCAAGGACGGGAUCAAGGUGAAGGAGUCGCGGCGCGAGGUCUCGAUCGACACGGGCAGCAUCGCCGUCACGUUCCCCCGAUCCGGAUCGGAGAUUGUCUCGUCGAUCAAGAAGGGCGGCAAGGUCGUUGGCGAGAGCGGGAAGCUCGUUCUGCACACGCAGUCGGCCGUCGCGGACGAUGUCGCCGCGCGCGCGGAUACAAAGAUCACCUAUGCGAAUUUCGCGAGCAGGAUUGCGAAUGUCACGGUCGACGCCGAGGCCGGCGGCGUUCGGGCCCUCGUCACGGUCCGCGGCACACACGCCCCCGUGGGCAAGGGCAAGAGUGCGUGGCUGCAGUUCGUCGUGCGCUUCUACCUGUACGCCAACUCGGACGCCAUCCGCAUCGUGCAUAGCAUUGUCUUUGACGGCGACGCCGAGAGCGACUUUAUCAGCGGCCUCGGGAUCCGGUUCAAUGUCCCCCUCAAGGGCGAGGAGCUGUAUAACCGGCAUGUGCGGAUCCCCGGCGAGGAAGGCGGGUUUCUGCACGAGGCCGUGCAGGGGAUUACGGGGCUGCGAAGGGAUCCCGGGGAGGAGGUUCGGACUGCGCAGGUUGCUGGCCAGCUUCUUCCGAAUAUCAGUACCUGGGACACCCGCGUCUCCUCGCGCAUGCAGUGGAUCCCCGCCUGGAACGACUAUAAGCUCUCGCAGCUCUCCCCCGACGGGUUCACAAUCCACAAGCGCACCAAGGCGGGCCAGGGCUGGGUUACGGUCCCCGGCGGGAAGCGCUCGCAUGGGCUGACGUAUCUCGGCGGCGCGACCAAGGGCGGACUCGCCGUCGGCCUGCGGGAUUUCUGGAAGCGGUAUCCCUCGGGUGUGGAGAUUGCGAAUGCGGGGGGUGACGAGGGGACCCUCACGGUUUGGCUGUAUAGCCCUGACGCGCCGCCGUUGGAUCUCCGGCCGUUCCAUGAUGGCAUGGGCCAGGAUACGUAUGAGGAGCAGCUUGAUGCGCUGGAGAUCACGUAUGAAGAUUACGAGCCGGGGUUCAAUACCCCGUAUGGGAUCGCGCGGACGAGCGAGAUCUACCUGUACGCCUUCGACAGCACCCCCGACAGCGACGACCUCGCGACCCUGAGCGCAAACACAAACAACCCUCCCGUCCUCGUCCCCGAACCAGCCUACAUCCGCGAGACAAAGGCGCUCGGCACAUACUGGAACCUCCCCGACACGUCGAGCGAAAAAGCCGCGACCAUCGAGUCGAACCUCGACUUCCUCGUCGCCUUUUACGAGGGCCAGGUCGACUCCCGCAAGUGGUACGGCUUCCUCGACUACGGCGACUACAUGCACACGUACGACGGGGACCGGCAUAUCUGGCGCUACGACGUUGGCGGAUACGCGUGGGAUAACUCGGAGCUCUCCCCCGACUUGUUCCUCUGGCAGCAGUUCCUGCGGACAGGCCGCGAGGACGUCUAUCGACUCGCCGAGGCGCUGACAAGGCAUACGGGCGAGGUCGACGUGUACCACAUUGGCGACUGGAAGGGCCUCGGGACUCGACACGGCGUGCAGCACUGGGCCGAUUCCGCGAAGCAGGUCCGCAUCACGCAGCCGCAGUACCGGAAGUACUUCUUCUACCUGAGCGGCGGUGACGAGCGCGUCGGCGAGCUCCUCGAGGAGGCACUCGACACCGACGAGACGUACGGCGUCCUCGACCCGCAGCGCAAGGUCCGCGAGGACGGCUGGACCCCGACCCCGGGCCAACCAACCGCCAUCUCCCUGGGCACCGACUGGGCCGGGCUCGCCGGCGGCUGGCUGCUAGAAUGGGAGCGCCGCGGGCCCCGGUGGCAGGAAGCACGCGCGAAACUCACAGGGACAGCGCGCGGAAUCGCCAACUUGACCAACGGCUUCGUGACGGGCUCGGGCCUCUACGCCAUCAACAACGGAACCCUCCUCCCACCCCCCGAGGACCCGAACAACGAGGGCAUCGUCUCCGUCUCGCACCUCAGCGCCGUCUUCGGCAUGCCCGAGGUCAUCUCGGAGCUCUUGGAGUACUGGGGCGACGACGCCCCGCAGGGGUUCCGGGACGACUGGCUCGAUUACUGCUUCUACUACGGCGCGACCAAAGCGGAGCAGGCGGCGCGGUACGGCGAGAACUUUGGAUCGCUGAAUCUCGUGCAGGGCCACUCGCGGCUGACGGCGUACUGGGCGAACCACGAGGGGAAUGCCACUGUUGCGCUGCGCGCGUGGAAUGCGUUUUAUAAUAACAAUGAUGGGUUCACGGCGGAUGAGCCGUGGGCAGCCGAGGUGCUGAACGGGUCGGCGGUGCUGGUGGAGACGGAGGAGGCGAGUUGGGUGUCGACCAACGCCGUUGCGCAGUACGGGCUGGCGGCCAUUCAGAAUCUGGGGCUGGUUGGCGAGGAGCUGGCGGGGUCGCCGUACCCUUGA